CAGACGAAACGAUUGAUAAGCUUGGCUUCAAGUCUUCAAAAUAAAUUCCUGGUCACUUCUUGAGGGAAUACACCUUGCCACACCUCUGCACUCUUCCUUUUGGAUUAUGACAUACUAAUCAACGACGAUGCCGCCGAAGGAAAAGCAAACAAAGAGAAAACAACCUAUCACAACUUGCAGGUCAGCAAGACUAGCUAAGAAGCGUCGAACUGAUACGCCAGAGGAAGAUCUACAGGCACCGCAGCGAGAUAUCGAAGAACGAGAGGUCAAAGCAGAACCCGAGUCAGAGGAUAAGGCACCACUUGCUGAGUCAAGAUCGAAGAAGGAGGUGACGAUGGUGCCGAGGCAGAUGACGAAGCUGAAGACAUUCAGGGAGGGAGGCAACAAAAAGAAUGAGCGACCCGAAUCUUCUGAGCGUGAACCGGAGGUAGAUACCCCUGAUGUUGAAACGGAUUAUGAGCAGUACAUGGCGUACGAUUCUGAUGAUCCUGAGUAUCAUGAAAUACGACGCAAACGUGAGAUUGAGGUAUCGCCGUUGCCCAACUUACCGCGAAUUCCUCGAUUGAUCACAACACUUCGUGGUAGUGGUAGCAACACUUCGGAUCAACGCCUCACAGCCAGUUCUGGAACAAAUAGGCUCCCAAAAAUUUUCGAUAAAUACGGAACCCGGCAUCACAUCCCUAUCGAGGUCUUUAAGCAAAUAUUAGACUACCUGUAUCAACAAAAAGAUGACAUUACCGCUCCCUCGGUAUCCCUUACCAACGUUUUUAAUUACGGACUUGUCUUUGAUAUUUUUGGACUCAGUAUAAGUGGGAGAAUCAAGGAUUUACUAAAGUGUCGGCCAGUCGAAAAACGGGAAACAGGGUUUUUUGACCUCCCGUUUCUCUUUGCGCCACCAUCGAGGCCCAAGGUUUGUCUUCGACAUGUUCUUCAUUCGUGGUUUCCAGAACGACUCACGUGGAUCCAUAUGUAUCAUGGUCCAAUCUCCCUGAAGCUAAUACGAAAAUAUAUAAGAAGAACUGAAGGGGAAAGACGACGGAGGGCGUUUAAGGAAUAUAAAGCACGACUUAGACAAGGUCGUGAGGAUAAGUUGCAGAGGCAGAGAUACAGAAAAGAGCGCAUCGAAAAUAGACGUAACAGAAGAAUUGCCAGGUUGUCAGAAAUAAGGGAAGCACAUGCGGAGGAUUCGGAAUUUUCGGAUGAUCACGAUUGCGUUAAAAGCCAAUGUGCUCUUAAUCCUGAAACGGCCCAUAAGAAAAUAGAUUAUAUCUCUUCCGGGCGUGAUUCGGUUACGGAUUCCGAGGCAACGAAUUCUUUUGUCGAAGACUCGGAUGAUAUAGGAUGGGCGACUGAGGACUCAAUGCUAGCACCACAGUUUAAUUUGAAAAUAUGA